AGCCCAAAGUCUUCCAUAUUCUGGAGGUGUGUGAUGAGAUCAACUGACUUCAAAACAGCCCAAGUGCGAGAAUUUCCUGUUCAGACCCUGAAGUGACACAGUGAUGAGAAAUCUCCCUUCUCCACUCUUGCCUCGCUCUGAGCCUUCACAGGGCGCUCUGCGAAGACCACAGACAUUUCUUCUUUCUUAUCAGGAGUAACCUGGCCUCUCCACUAAAGACUACAGGACGUUCUGGGGACAGAAGCCCAGUUAUCACAGAGCAAUCUCUGAGUCACACAGCUGCGGAGAUGAAGAACCAAAGAGUGAAUCUGGCCAAGGACCCAAAGAGGCAGCAAAGAAAAUCUAAGGGUGGGAAAAGCUCCAUUUCUGUAACUGAACAGGAAAUAGCCCAAGUGGAAUUAAACCUUCAAAAUGCUACUCUGGAUCUUUCAGGGAAGGAGAAGAUCUGCUACUACAAACUUUCACUGCUACCUCCAGAGAAGCUCACUGCUGAGAUCCUGGCUGUCAUUUGCGUUGUCCUAGUGGGCUCUGUGUUAAAAAUGGUAUUAAUAGCUCUUAUUCCCUUUACAGUAAUAAAGAAGCAGGACAAUUCUUUCCAGAAUGUGAAAACUCAGAAAGCAUAUGAUUGUGGCCGUUGUCCAGAGGAGUGGUUCACAUAUUCCACCAAUUGUUAUUACAUUAGUAAGGAAUUCAAGACUUGGGAUGAGAGUUUGAUGGCCUGUGCUUCUAAGAGCUCUAGUCUGCUUUACAUAGAUGAUGAAGAAGAAAUGAAAUUUCUGGGCUCCCUUUCAAACCAAGCAUGGAUUGGAGUCUUUCGUAAUGGCAGCGAUCGUCCAUGGGUGUCUAUAAAUGGCUCAACUUUCAACCUUAAAAUAGAGGAAAUAUUAUAUGGUAGAAAUCACUGUGCUGUGCUAUACUCAUCAAGUCUUCACUCAAGUGGAUGUAGGUCUCCAAAAACAUAUAUUUGUAAGCACAAGCUUUAGAAGUAAAGCACCUGAGUUUGGAGUUGACCAGCUUUUUUCCAAAGUGUGGACCAACACCUGUUGCUCAGGCUGGUUUUGAACUCACGGCCUCAAGUGACGCUCUCAGCCUAGGAUUAAAGGAAUGAGCCACUGUGCUCACCUGCUUUCUAUGUUUUUACUGAUGUGAAUCAGAAACACUAACAUAGCAAUUGUGAAUAAAAUGAUAAUUAAAAUAGUUAAUAUUUAUCAAGAACAUUAAGUGACAAUUAAAAGUUUCACGUGCAUUAUAUUUUCUAUACUCUUAUUCCCUCUUUAGAUUACUAAACUAAGUCUUUAGAUACAAAAUAAGUACUUUUUUGUUGAUAACUUCAGUUGAUAACUUCAAUUGAUAACUUCAAUUAUCCACUGCGUGGUAGACAAAUUAAAGAAUGUACUCCUCUCUACAUUUUACAAAAGAUAUAUUAUUUCAAGUGUACAUCAUAAAAGCAUAUUUUUCCCAAGUGAUGUUUCUAAGUAACUUUUUAAAGGUCACAGAUUGGAACUUGCAAAGCCAGAAUUAAUUCUAGAUAUCACCAACUGCAGAGCCCAUUGACUAAAGUAUUAAAUUGCAUUAUCUGAAUUAUUGUAAAAACUCACAAAAGUGAACUUUAUUGAUAUUAAAAAACAUUAUAUCUUUCUGGAAGUUUGAAAUAAAA